CAUCUCAAACCGGAUUGAAAACCCCACCAAAAUCUACGAGAAACUAUCCCCCCCACCUCGAAACGCCCUGCAAUUAUGGCCGACAAAUCAAAAAUAGUAUUGCCGGCAUCUGGUCCACUUAAAUCUGUUCAAGUCGACGCUUUAGUGGUUCUCAAGAUCUGCAAACAUGCUUCCUCAGCACACCCUCAGGUUAUAACUGGCCAGCUUCUUGGAAUGGACGUGGAUGGCGAACUGCAGGUUACGAAUUCAUUCCCUUUUCCCUCUACCGACCCGUCGACAUCUUCCAACGAUCCUGAUAGCAACUUGGCGUCUGCAGCUGCUUUGGCUCCACGAUCAAAGGCAAGUGCCUGGUAUCAGACGGAAAUGGUGAGGUGCCUGAGGGAAAUGAACGUGGAUGCAAACUCGGUAGGAUGGUAUCAGAGCGCUAAUUUGGGUAACUUUUUGAACACAAAUUUCAUUGACAACCAAUACUUUUAUCAAAACGCUCUUAACGAAAGAACUGUUGCUUUGGUUCAUGAUACUGCCCGGAGUGCCCAAGGAGCUCUAUCCCUAAGGGCUUUCCGUCUUACGCCGCAAUUCAUGGCUGUUCAGAAGGAAGGGAAAUUUACUAGUGAGAGUCUUGCCAAGCAUAAUCUUACCUACAGAGACAUUCUCAUUGAGCUACCCGUUUCCGUCCACAACUCCCACCUCCUCACCACUUUCCUCCACCAGCUCGAUACCCCGCCCAUCCCCAACCCAUUUAACCCCUUUUCACAACCGAGCUCGACUCCUCUCUUUCCCAACUUUGACAGCCUCGAUCUCUCCAUCGACCCGUUCCUAGAAAAGAACUGUGAUCUUCUUCUCGAUUCUAUCGAGACACACUACACAGAACUCAACAAUAGCCAAUAUUACCAGCGACAGCUCGCCCGUGAGCAAACUAAGAUCGCAGCGUGGCUCACUAAACGGAAACAGGAGAAUAUCCUUCGCGCAGCGGCCAAGCAACCUCUACUCCCGGAGAACGAGUGGACCAGACUUUUCAAGCCACCCGUCGAACCUAGCCGGCUCGAGACUCUCCUUAACUCCAGGCAGAUCGAGCAGUACGCAAAACAAGUUGACGGGUUCACAGCUAGCGUCACGGCUAAGAUGUUUGCUGUGAAUGGGGGAUUAUCAAAAACACAGGAGCAGUUGCAGUUGUAGGCUUAACACUGACUUUCUCUUUCUCUCUCUCUUCUUUCUUCUUUCUUCUUUUUUAGGUUAAUACGUUGUUGUGGACUGUGGUGCAGAAACGCAUGAUACAAUUUGUUCCCCUUUUCCUCUCACCUCUAAUAGCUUAUACUAGGGUACUUAACUAGGUGACCUGUGAGUUUAAGCUAAGAUAUCCCAUGUUGCAAUGGGGCUGGGAAAUGGGAUAGAAAGCGAAAUGUUCAGAUUUGCGAGUGAUAUUUGGUGCUGGUAGAUGGGUUAUGGGAGACUUGGUCUAUGCUGUAGAUAGUUGUUUUUACCUCUUUCGAAAAACUUGGCCAGCCUUAAGAAUUGACAAAAACAAAAAA